AUGGGCGAUGGGGGCGCGGAGCGCGACGGCGGCCCCCCACGCCGGGCUGAGGACUCCGGCGCUGAAGCCCGGGGCCGAAGCCCAAGGGAAGUUGCUGGGACCUCCGCCUGCAGCUCUGCGGGCUCCAGCGAGGGCAGCGCCGGCUGUGACCCGCAGCCCGGGCUUACUGGGACAGACCACUGCCGCCGCAUCCUGGUUCGAGAUGCCAAAGGCACCAUCCGGGAAAUUGUCCUGCCCAAGGGCCUCGACCUGGACCGGCCCAAGCGGACCCGCACGUCCUUCACGGCGGAGCAGCUGUACCGCCUGGAGAUGGAGUUCCAGCGUUGCCAGUACGUGGUGGGCCGCGAGCGCACUGAGCUGGCCCGCCACCUGAACCUCUCUGAGACCCAGGUGAAGGUCUGGUUCCAGAACCGCCGCACCAAGCAGAAGAAAGACCGGAGCAGAGACCUGGAGAAGCUGGCGUCCUCCUCGGCCUCCAAGGCCUUCGCCACCUCCAACAUCCUGCGGCUGCUGGAGCAGGGCCGGCUGCUGUCCGUGCCCAGGGCCCCCAGCCUCCUGGCACUAAUCCCCAGCCCACCGGGCCUGCCUGCUGACCACAGGGGCACCCCCAUGAAUGACCCCAGGAACUCCUCCCCGUGCCUCAGCCUGUUCACCUUGGCCUCAGGGUCACCCCCACUGCAGCCCCUUCCACCAGCCCUCUGCCUUUCCACUGCCCCGCUCCUGGACAUGGCUACCGGCUACGAACUGGGCUCCUCAGCCUUUGAGCCCUACAGCCGGCUAGAGUGGGGAAAAGACAGCCCCUGCGGCAGCAAGAAAGCUAAUGCUUAAGCCUCCACCCACAUGUGAUAUGGAGUCCCCACAUAGCACCACCCCCGCCUCCUGCCCCCCACUGGACUGCCCUGAGCAGACCCCAGUGGAGGGGAGGCAGCCUCGUGUCCUGCCUCCCACCCCCAGCUCAGAGACUGACCAGAUGGCCUUGUCCUGCAGCCUGUGUGUGAGUGCAGUGUGAGUGCACCUCUCCCUGAAAUAAAAGGAAAAAGAUCACAAGAAGGGAAAUGGAGUCCCCAAAGCACUGCCACUGCCCCUCAACCCUCUGUCCCCCUCUCCUCACUGGAAGGUAACUGGGCUGAGGUCAGGGGGACCUCUGAUCAUUGGGGGCAGAAGCUGGGACCAUGUUUCCAGUUCCAGGGGGGAUAUGGAACCUCAGACAUGGGUUAUCAAGCACCUGGCUCCCACUCUCACUUAGAGCUCCCAUCUGGGUUCACGUUUGUUGGUUAAGCAAUGACUUUUGCAAGUUCCUGUUUCCAACCUUAAACUAUUUGAGUGGGGGAACGUGAAGUCCUUGGAGAGGGUGGAUGAUGAAAGGGGAGGGCAGGACCCAGAGAGCCAGAGGAAGGCAUCAAAGGUAAACCGGCCAGACCCCACAUGCAUUAGAGGACCUGCCUUCCAAGGGCAACCACUAGAAACAA